AUGAAUGUCUUUACCUCGACCCAUGAAAGCGACCACAUCAAAAGGCCACUGAAUUCCUUCAUGGUUUGGGCCAAAGAAAAACGAAGAAUUAUGAACAAAAAUAACCCUAAAAUGCGCAAUGCUGAUAUAAGUAAGAUCCUUGGAGAAGAAUGGAGAAAAAUGCCCGAAAAAGACAAGCAGCCUUAUGUCCAACAAGCCGUUUAUCUCCGUCYACAGCAUAAGAUUGACUACCCUAACUAUCGCUACAGACCACGUAGAAAGAACAGCCAAGAUCCUAGAGCAGAGGUGUUCGACCGAGCUGCACAAUACUCCAGGGUUUUUUCCAACGUCUUUUUACCUUUACCAUCAAGCAGUUCACCGCUUCGUGGGGCAUGCYUACCGUACAGCUACGACACCUAUGUCCCUCCUCGUUACACGGUAGAACGACUUGAAACUCCACCUCAUGGCAUCUCUUUCCAGCCUAAAUUCAUCCCAUCAUACAAUCCUAGCUAUGUUUUACCAUCUAAUGACAUCAAAGACUACAACUCCAACUCAKCACCAUGUUUGAGUGAAUUGUCAACAGUUCUCAAAGAUGGACCAUUGAAAACGUCGACRUUGCCUGUGGCCCGUCCUUCUCAUAGCCCCACAGUUUCUUAUAUGAUGGUGCCUUCUAAGAGCCAGUUUUGA